GCAUUUUGGUGUUGUAUCUUCAUGAGUAUAUGCGAGGUAUCCUAUCCUUGUAAUUCACGCAAAUCAAAUUGGAUGGAGCGAGCACACCAUCACAAGACACCCAAGUAAGACAACAACAUAAAGCCAGGUCUUUGUCUUCGUCUUCGUCUUCGUCUAUGUUCAUCUUGAAGCAGGGCAGAAAUUAAUUGCUUGUUCUCUGCAAAUUUUUCUGCUACGUUGUCUGUAAUGUUUCUGGGCAAAAUUGUCCGUUCAGUUUGAGAGAGAGAUUGUGGCUAUGGACGAAAACAGCAAACCGAUGUCGGAGAUUUCCUCGGAGGCCGAGCAGCGGUGGUCAACUGACGAGAACACGACGGAGUCAACCUCAGAGCUCUCAGUCUUCGUGGAGAAACUGAGCCCAAUUCUGGCCGAAAUGAAGGAGCACAAGAAUCUUGGGAUUGAUCCCACGGUCCAGAAGGCAAUUCAAUCACUAGAACAAGAAUUCAUGACCGCAAAAGCCUUAACCAAAAAUCUAAACAUCAAUUCCUCGCCUCUGAAGCAAAUUGAUGACCAGACAGAGAAUCUUGGGAGGUCUUUAGGGCUUGUGCUGUUUGCCAGCCAUGAUAUGGGGAUAUCCAGGAGAGCAGAGAUGGAGGCUCUGCGCAAAGAGAUUAUGAAUUCCAGGUCUAAUUUCUGCUCUGAGAGAGAGUCUGAGUUCUCAUAUGAUCUGGAAUUGGCAUCCAUUCCAUCCAAGGAAAUUGUGGAAGAAGAAGAGGAAGUAGAAGAAGAUAGGAUCACAUUAGAUGUUGAUGGUAUUGCUUUGCAGCUAAAGUAUGGCAAUGAUGAAGAACUCAAGCAGGCGAUUUUCGGGUUGAAUGUCUUGAUUGGUGAGGGUGGAGUUAGUAAAGAAGCUCUUGAUAAUGAGGAUAUAAUCCCAAUCAUGUUUAGUAGGUUAAGCACAAGUGUAGCAGAGAAUAGAUUGGCUAUAAUUCACACACUCAGAGUUCUGGUUAAUCAGAACAAUGACAGUAAGGAGAAGAUGGCUGAGAUUGGGUGCCUGUCGACGCUGGUUAAGUCGUUGACAGGGGACGUGGACGAGCAGCGAGAGGCGGUGGGGCUGCUGUCGACUCUCUCAGAGCUCGUGUCUGUUAGGAGAAGACUAGGGAGGAUCCAGGGCUGCAUUGUUAUGCUGGUGGCCAUUUUCAAUGGUGAAGAUCAGGCGGCUUCUCGCGAUGCUGGGAAGUUGUUGAAUGCCCUUUCUGCCAAUACUCAAUAUGCUCUCCACAUGGCUGAGGCUGGCUACUUCAAGCCUUUAGUCCACUACCUAAAGGAAGGUUCUGAUAUGAGUAAGGUACUUAUGGCAACCGCGGUUUCAAGAAUGGAGCUAACAGAUAAAAACCGAGCUUCCCUAGGGGAAGAUGGGGCAAUUCAUCCUCUAGUGAAGAUGUUCAGCACUGGGAAUCUCGAGUCGAAGCAAUCUGCUUUGAGCGCGCUGCAAAACCUGUCAGGUCUGAGCGAGAACGUCCAGCGUUUGGUGAAUUCGGGCAUCGUGGCUACUCUUCUGCAGCUCCUUUUCUCUGUGACGUCGGUCCUAAUGACCCUGCGCGAGCCAGCAUCGGCAAUUCUGGCGAAAAUAGCUCAUUCGGAAGGGUUGUUGGUGAAACCGGAUGUGGCUCAACAGAUGCUUUCGCUUCUGAACCUGACUAGUCCUGUCAUCCAGUGCCAUCUCCUGGAGGCGCUGAAUUGUAUUGCUUCGAAUUCGAAUGCUUCGAAAGUGAGGAGGAAAAUGAAGGAAAACGGGGCGAUCCGGCUGUUAUUGCCUUUCCUUACUGAGACUAACGCCAAGAUCAGAACCGGGGCUUUAAGUUUGAUUUGUCUGCUCUCCGAGAAUAUGCAAGGGGAGCUGACAGAACAGAUGGAUGAGACUCACAUUUGCAUAAUUGCCAACAUUGUUUCUUCGCCAUCAUCCGAAGCCGAUGAAAAGGCCGUGGCUAUUGGAAUCCUAAGCAAUUUGCCCGUGAGUGACAAGAAGGCGACGAGUAUGCUCAUGAACGCAAACUUACUGCCCGCUUUAGUUUCAUUGAUGAAUUCAAGCCCUGCACCUUCAACACAAAUGUCGUCGAGGCUAGCUGAGAGCAUUGCAGGAGUACUAAUCCGGUUCACCGUUCCUUCUGACAAGAAACUGCAGCAUUAUGCUGCUGAUCAAGGAGCCAUUCCCGUUCUCGUCAAGCUACUCGCCUCGGAUUCAAUAAUUGCCAAAACUAGAGCAGCAAUUUGCCUGACACAACUCUCACAAAACUCUCUGUCGUUAAGGAAACCAAGAAAGCCGAGAUGGUUCUGUGGCCCUGCCUCCACUGACGGCUUCUGUGAAGUCCACGACGGUUACUGCUCCGUCAAAACCACGUUCUGCUUGAUCAAGGCGGGCGCGAUAACGCCAUUAGUCCAGGUACUGGAAGGGCCCGAGAGGGAAGCAGACGAGGCCGUGUUAAGCUGCAUAUCGACUCUGGUGCAUGACGAAAGCUGGGAGAUUGGGUGCAAGUACCUAGUGAAGGUAAAGGGGGUUCAGUGUUUGGUUAAAGUUCUGGGAGUGGGGAGCAUUAAGGCUCAGGAGAAAGCUCUGUGGAUUCUUGAAAGGGUUUUUAGGGUUGAGGCUUAUAGAGUUGAGCAUGGGGAAUGUGCACAGCCAUUGCUGAUUGAUCUGGCACAGACUGGGGAUGCAAUUCUGAAACCAACAGUGGCUAAGCUGCUGGCACAGCUUGAGCUCUUGCAAGCUCAAUCAAGUUACUUCUGAGAUCACUCAUCUCAUUUGCUUCAAACACAUGUACAUUAGUUGCAAAUUACAGGGUUCUUUCAUUGAUUUUUGCUUGUGUUCAUCCACAAUUUUUUUUAGUGAUUGGUUAAAAUCUUGUUGGUAAUUUGAUUUACGGAAAA